CCGCUCCUAACAAAGAUGGCCUCGCAUGAGGUAGCGGAAGGGGCUCCCUUGCGCCUUAGGCAACAAGCGGAAGUGACGCUCAGGGCAGAAGCCCGGCCCAGGGAGCCCGCUGCAGGGCAAACUGUGGUAGCGAUGGGAUCGCUCCUGUGGCGGGCUCCUGUGCCGCCGCUGCUGCUUCUGCUGCUACUUAUGACACGGGGGACAGAGCCAUUCGAGCCGAUCACCGUAGGCAUCGCCAUCGGGGCUGCUUCGGUCCUCACUGGUUACUUCUCCUACCCGGACUUGUACUGUCGCUUCGUGGAAUGCUGCCGCGAGGAGCAGCCGCUCAACGCCUCCGCACUGAAGUUAGACUUAGAAGAGAAGCUGUUUGGACAGCACCUGGCUAGAGAGGUGAUUCUCAAAGCAUUGACUGGCUUCAGGAAUAACAAGAAUCCCAAGAAACCAUUGACUCUCUCUUUACAUGGCUGGGCUGGCACAGGCAAGAACUUUGUCAGUCAAAUUGUGGCUAAAAACCUUCACCCAGAAGGACUCAAGAGUAACUUCGUCCACCUCUUUGUUUCUACUCUACACUUCCCGCAUGAACAGAAGAUUAAACUGUAUCAGGAGCAGCUGCAGAAGUGGAUUCGGGGCAAUGUGAGUUCAUGUGCAAGAUCUGUUUUCAUAUUUGAUGAAAUGGAUAAAUUGCACCGCGGGCUCAUUGAUGCCAUCAAGCCAUUUCUAGACUACUAUGAGCAAGUAGAUGGGAUCUCUUAUCGGAAAGCCAUCUUUAUCUUUCUCAGCAAUGCAGGAGGUGAUCUCAUAACCAGAAUGGCCCUCGAUUUUUGGAAGGCAGGGAAAAAAAGAGAAGACAUUCAGCUCAAAGACUUGGAGCCUGUGUUAUCUCUAGGAGUCUUCAAUAAUAAAAACAGUGGCUUGUGGCACAGUGGCCUGAUAGACAGAAGCCUUAUUGAUUACUUUGUUCCAUUUCUGCCUUUGGAGUAUAAGCAUGUGAAGAUGUGUGUGAGAGCAGAAAUGAAAUCAAGGGGUUUUACCAUAGAUGAAGAAAUUGUCAAAAGAGUAGCUGAUGAAAUGACAUUUUUCCCAAAAGAAGAGAAAAUCUACUCCGAUAAGGGCUGCAAGACAGUGCAGACAAGGCUGGAUUUUCACUGAGCUCUUACUGCCUGAAGCAACCAGAAGAUGCCUUGUCUUUCUGAGGUACUUUUGAAGGCCCCUUUCAGGAAUUUGCACAUUUGCACUUACUGACUUUUAGGACAGGAAGCUUUCUAAGAAGAAUGGAUUUUUAAAGAAUGUCACUAAAGAACUCUGCAGCCCAACUGUUAAUUUUCACUUGAAGAUGGGACUUGAAAAAUUCCACUCAAGCUCAUUAUCCCUGACAUUGCCAACAAUGGCCUUUACAACUAUUUGUUUGCAGAAUACACCUGCACAUCAGAAUUACCUUCUUAAUUGAAGGAGUUUCUUGGGGCUGGCCCUGAUGCAUCCAGACAACAGAUAACAUUGAGUGUUCCUCUGAAGAAGAAUUUUGGAUUGGAUUAUUCUGUUUACUUUGCUCUUUAAGUGUAGAACAGUGGUCAUUUAAAAUUUAGAGCACUCCACAAAUACAAAGGAUACUAGGUGAGAGUAUGUGGUCACGUGCCUAAACUUCCUGAGCUGGGGGAAUUGUGCCAUUUCAUAAUCAGUCCAUAGUAUUAACUUGGAAGUGUUUCCAGGGCAGAGGACAGAGCCUCUUUAACCUUUUAGUAUGGCCCUUCCUUCUCCUUUGGUGAUGUGGAACACUGAGGUAAACCUAAAACAAACAAGACCUAUUGAUCGAGUGCCCAGGUCAUGACAUUCUCACAUACUUUUCUGACUGGAAGGCUCCCAGAUACCUCUAAACUUCAACCUAAAGUCUUUGAAAUCUUUCUCCAAACCUGUUACCAAAGUCAAAUUUUUCGGACCAACAGUUCCAAAAGUGGGUGACUAGCUGUAGCUGUCAAAUAACUUCUGUCUGUUACAGUUUAUCUGUGGAUCAAUCUUGAAUCUUGUCCCUGAGACUCAUAGAUUUGCUCAUUAAUGGUGGAUGUCACAUACCUCAUACGAACAUUCAGACUGAUUCAUUCAUUGUUAUUGCACAUCAUAACUGGUAUUUUCAAAGGUAUAUUUUUGAUAGUUCUGAAAUACAUUUGAGGGGUGAGAGUCCUUAUUUGAUAGAAGGGAAGAUGGGGAGUAGAGCUAUAGUUUGUCCCUUUCUCCAUACAGAUUCUUAAACUCAAGUGUAGUGUGGAUUCUUACUAGUAACUUUAUGGUAAUGUGAAGGAAAACAAAAUAGAGUACUAAAGCAGUAAUAGGAGUGCAAACUAAGAGAUGUGGUGGCUGGUUACCGUCUGCAUUGCCAUGGGAGCCCGAUUCCCCUACAUGGACUAAGUUGGUUGCCUCCUUGGGGUCAGCAAGAAAGUUUUUUUAAAUUCCAGUGAAUGUGAAUCAUUCAGUACACGUGGGUACUAUAGUUGCAGUGCAACUGACUAGUCAUGCAGCCUUUUUAUACAUGGGAAAGUUAAAAAAUGAAUAUUUUUAUAAUGUUAAAGGAUGGGAAAAAUUUUUAAGGCACUAAACUUAAAGUCUUUUAAUAAAAUUACCCCCAGGGUGGCACUUUCUACAUUUUUAAUAUAUAUUCUCAUAUUGGAACAGUUGGCUACUUUUAUUACCUUGUGGGUGGUUGGUCAGGUGGUGACUCGUUUAUUCUGAUGCAAUAAACCGAACACGUUAGUAACCUUAGGCCUUUGGACUGUUAUUUCUGAUUUACAUGUUUGAAAAGCUAACCUGCAAGUAAUCCUCUUUUCCCCUACCCCUGUGCCCUGGGGUUUUAAGUGUUCCCUUUGAAGAUGUGAAUGAGAAUUUUAAACUAUUGCCAUAAAUAAAGCUGGAAUUUUAUCAUUUGA